AUGUCCUGGCAAGCUUACACUGACAAUCUUUUAGCCACUGGCAAGCUCGACAAGGCCGCUAUAUACUCGAGAGCCGGUGACUCUCUUUGGGCCGCUUCUGGAGGUUUGAACCUUGGUGCUCAAGAAAUUGGUAAGAUUGCGCCUGGUUUUGACAACCCCGCCGAACUUCAAAGCACUGGUUUGUACUUGCAGAGUCAGAAGUACAUGUUGAUUAAAGCCGACGACAGAUCUUUGUACGGCAGACACGAGGCUGAGGGCGCCGUGAUUGUCAGAACCAAACAAACAAUCUUGGUCGCGCACUAUCCAGCUGGCGUUCAGGCUGGAGAAGCGACCAAGAUUGUCGAGCAACUCGCCGACUAUUUGAUCAGCGUGCAAUAUUAA